AUGUCCCCUUACGUGGAGUCCCCUGCGGACACCUGUGUACACUACUUCCUCUAUACAUUGGAGACAAAGGCCCUGCUUCCCUCGGGGGCUUGUGUGGGGUCAAAAGCGUACCUCGUCCCUCGCAGCGCCACUGGCUGUGACGACCUCGACCCGCGGCGGGGACACCAGGAGCUCUCCAGGUCCGAGGCCGAGGCCACCCUCCGGAACCCUGGAGGGGCGCUCUGCCUCCACCCCUCCCCCUCCCCCCUCCCCCUCCUCUCGCCUCUCCCCCUCGGCCCCCCCCCCCCCCCGCUCCGCCUCCUCGCGGGCCGCCCUCUCCAGCCCCCGCCCCCCCCGCCGCGCCCCGGGCCGCCCGUCGCCAAGGUGCAGGGCGCACGCGGGAGGCCGGCCGGCGAGGGACGCGGGGACCCGACGCCCGAGGCAAGGUACUAUUUUCAGAAUCCAGGUGGAAUCUCACACAGUAAAACAAUGCCAAGAGAAAAGGAAGGAAGACAAAAAACUAAAGGAACACCCCUGCCCAUCGUUCCAAUUCUUCAAAAGUUCCUGAAAACAUACGAGAAGCACUGCGCCCAGACGCAGACAUCUGUGUGUCCAGCCAUCAAACAGGACUUGAAAACCAGCAUCAACAAUGAACAGAUUCUCAGGAAAUUUAUGCUUGUAAGACCUGAAGUCUCCCCGACAAGCAUCCUACCAAUAUCCUUAGAACCUUUGCUCAUGACAAUUCGAGAUGAGUGUUAUAUGCUGGGGAAAGAGAUCUGUAUCUGGAGCCUUCAACUGAGUAACCCAGAGAUUGCCAGACUGGCUUCGCUUCUGGAGUUGAAGGGGCGUGCCGCCUGCCCAUUUACCAGCCUGGAGCUCAUUGACUGCAGGAUGGAUCUGUGGGCUCUCGGGAGACUUGGGAGGGCUCUGCCAUGCAGCUGUCUGCGUUCUCUCAUCCUCGAUUACUGCAGACUUGGAAGUGAAGAAAUUGAGAGUAUUUUCUCAGGCCUGGAGAACAACCAAAGGCUUCAAGCCCUCAGUCUGCGCUACUGUGGUCUGGGGCCACAGAGCGGGCCAUGGCUGGGCGCCAUCAUAUACCACAGCUCCAUUUGUGAGCUGCACCUUGACGGCAAUUACUUACAGUGUUCUGGGGCUCUGAGUCUCCUCAGACCUGUAGCCGAGUAUGCAAAGACACAGGGGAGAGAGCAGCCGGCCACAUCCCCACCAGACCCCGGGAGUCCCCCUCAGCAGCUACAGGCCAAACAGAGGGGAAGUUCAACUUUGAACCAGAUUACAAAGUCACCUGGAGCUCUAACAGGGAAAACUACUUCAGGGAAGGAGAGGAGAAAAAAAGGAAUCAAGAAAAUUAAAGAUUUGACUGAUACUGGUCCUUGGUUAGUGAAAUUGUAUUUGGCAGAUAAUGGCAUAGACGGAAAAGGAAAAGAAGGAGAAAAUGGCUUGUUGGAAUUCACUCAAAUUUUAACAUGCCUGAUCACAUCCUCUGCUCACUUAAGGGAAAUUGACCUCGGAAACAAUGUCCUGGGAGAAAUGGCUGUUGCUGACAUUCUUGAAGCACUGAGAGCCAGAAAGACAGGUAAACUCCCAAUCUUAAAAAUUAUAGUCACUCCUCAAGUCUCUUCAGAAACCUUCAGAUCUAUUUGGAAAAAUAGCAGGAAAUCUAGUAUUACCCGUAGAAAGAAGAAAAAGGCUAAAAACUGAAGAUGGAUGCCAUAGAUCUUUAUGGAUGCUGUCUAUUUCCAUGGCCAACCAGACGUAUAGAAAGAUAUAGCUUUUUCUAUAAUAAUAGUUUUCACUGGAACCAAGCCCAUCUCAAAUUCUAAAAUUUGAUGAC